ACGUUCUCUCCGCUGGAGCGGAGUGGCGGUCCCGCCGCACGGGCUUGCCCACGUCCGGGGCCGGGGGCGCUCGCUGGGCCCUGGGCCCGCGGCGGCGUCCCCGCCUCCCGGGGUGGGGGUGGGGAGGUGACCGCACGCGGCGCGCCGGGUAUGCGGCUCCUGCUCCGGGCGCCACGGCGGCGGCAAAGAUGGCGACCUGAGGCGGAAUGCGGCUCACGCGGAAGCGCCUGGCCUCGGCGUUCGUGGUCGCCUACUGCCUCUUCUCGCUCUACGCCGCCUACAGCGUCUUCUUCGGCGGCCGCCGAGGCCGCCGGGGCGCGGCUGCCUCCCCUCGAGGCCUGAGGGACGGGGCGGCCACGGGAAAGGGUCGCCGCGGCGUCCGCGGAGAACCCUCUUCUUUGACAAAUGAGGAAUGGAAUCCCUGGGAAGCAGAUGAAAAAAUUGAGCAGCUUGCUUUGCAACAUAAAUAUGAAAGUAACCUUCAGCUGUUUAAGAAAAAGAAAUCUCAGAAAGGAAAAAUAGACCUCAAGGUACAGAUCUGGGGCAAGGCUGCCAUUGGUCUUUAUCUGUGGCAGCAUAUUUUUGAAGGCCUACUUGAACCUGCUGAUGUCACUGCUCAGUGGAGAGAAGGAAACUUAAAAGCAGGAAGAACAUAUUUCAGCUUCAUCACUGGUCCAGCCCUACUCCCAGGAUACUUUUCAGUUGAGGUGGAUAACGUGGUGCUUAUUUUAAAUGGAAGAGAAGACACAAAGAUCUCUUUCGCCACACAGUGGUUACUCUAUACAAAAACUUUACUAGAAGCUCGGAAACUCCAGCAUGUUGCUGUUGUCUUACUUGGAAAUGAACAUUGCAAUAACAAAUGGAUUAAUCCAUAUCUUAAAAAAAAUGGAGGCUUUGUGGAACUACUUUUUGUAAUCUAUGAUAGCCCCUGGAUUAAUGAAGAAGAUGUUUUCCAGUGGCCCUUAGGGGUAGCCACAUACAGAAAUUUUCCUGUGGUGGAACCUAGUUGGUCAUUGUUGCAUGAUGAGAGACCAUUCUUGUGUAAUUUCUUAGGAACUAUUUAUAAAAAUUCAUCCAGGGAGAUUCUAAUGGACAUUUUGCAACAUGAUAAAAACAAUAAAUUGUGCUGGAUUACAGCCAGAGAAGAGUGGAAACCUCAAGAAACAAAUGAAAGUUUGAAGAACUACCAAGAUGCUUUACUUCAGAGUGAUCUCACAUUGUGCCCCGUAGGAGUAAACACGGAAUGUUACCGAAUUUAUGAGGCUUGUUCCUAUGGCUCCAUUCCUGUUGUAGAAGAUGUAAUGACGCCUGGCAAUUGUGGGAAUGCAUCCACCUCUCCUAGUGCUCCACUGCAACUCCUCAAGGCUAUGAGGGCUCCCUUUAUCUUCAUUAAAGACUGGAAAGAACUUCCUGCUGUUUUAGAAAAAGAGAAAAAUAUGAGCUUACAAGAAAAGGUUGAAAGAAGAAAAACACUGCUUGGGUGGUAUCAACACUUCAAAGCAGAGCUCAGACUGAAAUUCAUUAAAACUUUAGAACGCUCCUUUUUAAUGAAUGGUAGCAAAGGUUAGUUGUUCAUUUGAACUCAAAGUUCAGACAUGAUAGAAAAUGUACUUUUCAAAACUUUUAGUGUAUGUAUGUGUUUUUAAGGAAAAAUGUGUUUCGUGGUUUACAUUUAAUAGACUACUGAACGUGCAGGGUUCAUCCUGAGCUUCCUUAUGGAGCUUACUUGUCCUGUCUUCAAACAGGAAUUGGAAUUAAAUAUUUUCUCCAAAAUGCUAA